UCCUUCACACUCUCAAAACUGUUUUUCGAAUUUCAAAAACAGUAUUUUCUAGAUUCACCUUCCUAAAUCCUCGCCUACUCUGCAUCCAAUCUUUAUUACCUUUUUUUUUUUUUUUUUUAAUCUUUCUCUGCAUCCAUCCAAUCUUUAUCACCUUUUUGAUCUUUCUGAUUACCUUUGAUGUUGGGUUCUUCCUUUCUUUUGUGGGUUUUCCAGUUUACUACCGUCUAUGUGCUGAUAUUCUGAUUUGGGUUUUGUUUAUCUUCUCUAUUGGGGUUAUUAUACUUGUGUGAACAUAUCAGAUUUUUCAUUCUCUUUUCAUGGUUCUCUUCGAUUCUCAAAAGUCGGUUCUUUAUUUGAUUCUUAAGUUUAUGCCUGUGAAGAAAAAGCAGAUUCUUGAUUCCCCUCUAAUUGGUUACAAGAAAUUUUUGCGACUUUUUUUUGAAGUAGACAUAAAAGGGUCUCUCCCUCUGUCUAUAUAUACACUCUAUGCCUUUGUUCCCCCCUUACUUUGGAGGCUAUGAACUUCUGAGUCAUUGAUUGUUUGCAUAUUAGCACUUUAAAUCAUGGAGACUCUAUACCCAUCUCCUUAUAUGUCUGACACUGGUUGGUCUAGCCAAAGAAGUGAGUGGACUAGAGAAGAGAAUAAGAAGUUUGAGAGUGCUUUGGCCAUAUAUGAUGAGCAUACUCCGGAUAGAUGGUUUAAGGUAGCUGCAAUGAUUCCAGGGAAAACAGUUUUUGAUGUGAUGGAGCAGUAUAGGGAACUAGAAGAUGAUGUUAGUGAUAUUGAAGCAGGCCGUGUUCCGAUUCCUGGUUAUCUUAGCUCAUCUUUCACAUGGGAGUUGGUUGGUGCUCGCAAUUCUGAUGGGUAUAGGAAGAGGUCUUUGGCAGUAAAGACUUGUGAUCGGGAGAGGAAGAAAGGAGUUCCAUGGACUGAAGAAGAGCACAGGCGGUUUUUGAUGGGAUUGCUUAAGUAUGGUAAAGGGGAUUGGCGAAACAUAUCCCAGAAAUUCGUCGUCUCCAAGACCCCAACUCAAGUGGCAAGCCAUGCCCAGAAAUACUUCAUAAGGCAGCAGCUUUCAGGAGUGAAAGAUAAGAGGAGACCAAGUAUUCAUGACAUCACUACAAUCAAUCUCACAAACACAACCCUGAUGGAUCAAAACAAACAUUCAUUUGAUCAGUCAAAUUUGCUUUACUUGCAGCAGAAGCCGACUGGCAUGACCAAAGAGGCAGUCAUGGUUCUGGAUUCGUCUAACGGUGACCUGUUCGUGGCAUCUCCUUAUGAAUCUGCUUCAAAUGGCUUUAGAUUGCAGGGGAAUAGUUUCUAUGGCAAUGCUGGUAUAGACUCCCAUAAUUUGGCUUUUCAAAUGCCAUCUAGGAGACAUCGUAUUCACCGAUGAGCAAUCGGUUUUUAUUGUAAAUGGGUUGAACUGCUGAAUCUAAUCAUGCUCAGUACUAUUUCCA